UAACUCUUCUAACCUUCAUUGCAUCAAACUUUCAAGUUUCCUUCUUGGGGUGUUUUCUAGAGAAGAGAAGUGAAGGUUUUAUAUUAUGGCUCAAUCUCGGAGCUCCCUUUUUGUAUUUGCUCUUCUUGCCUUGGCUUCGGUUGCUUUCUCUCACAAGAUUGGCGGUGGCGGUGGCGGCAAUGGCGGUGGCGGUGGCUAUUAUUUGUAUCCUCAAUUCUAUGAUCAUUCAUGUCCGAGAGCUCAAGAGAUAGUGAAGUCCAUAGUGGCUAAGGCUUUUGCAAAGGAAGCUCGUAUUGCUGCUUCCUUGCUUAGGCUUCAUUUCCAUGAUUGUUUUGUUAAGGGUUGUGAUGCUUCACUAUUGUUAGAUAGCAGUGGAACAAUAGCUAGUGAGAAAAGGUCAAAUCCAAACAGAAACUCUGCCAGAGGGUUUGAAGUCAUUGAUGAGAUCAAAUCUGCCUUAGAAAAGGAGUGUCCUCAAACUGUUUCUUGUGCUGAUAUUUUGGCCAUUGCUGCUAGAGACUCCACAGUCAUAACUGGAGGACCCAGUUGGGAAGUUCCACUAGGAAGAAGGGACUCAAGAGGAGCAAGUCUAAGUGGCUCUAACAACGACAUUCCUGCUCCAAACAACACUUUCCAAACCAUUCUCACCAAGUUCAAGAGACAAGGCCUUGACAUUGUUGAUCUUGUUGCUCUUUCAGGUAGCCACACCAUCGGGAACUCCCGAUGCACCAGCUUCAGGCAACGUCUCUACAACCAAUCUGGCAAUGCGGAGCCUGAUCCCUCCCUUGAUCCAUCGUACGCCGCUGAAUUGCGAAAGCGAUGCCCGAGAUCAGGGGGUGACCAGAACCUAUUUUUCCUAGACUUUGUCAGCCCCACCAAGUUCGACAACUACUACUUCAAGAAUAUUUUAGCUGCAAAGGGUCUGCUGAACUCAGAUCAAGUUCUUUUGACAAAGAACUUGCAAUCAGCGGAAUUGGUGAGGACAUAUGCAGAGAAUUCUGAAGCCUUUUUUGAGCAAUUUGCCAAGUCCAUGGUUAAGAUGGGCAAUAUUUCUCCUCUCACUGGUUCAAGGGGGGAGAUCAGAAAGCACUGCAGGAAAGUUAACAGAAAUUAGGAAAAUAUAGCUUGGGUUGAUGAAGAUGUUUCAAUGUAUUGUGUGAAAAGUUUCUUCUUUGUUAGUUUUUUUUUUUUUUGGUCAAAUUCUUCAAUGUUUUUGUGCUCUGUUUUUCACUUUAAGGUUUGAGUUCUGCUUGCCAUCCGUUGUGACUCUCUUGACCACCAUGGAAAGUUCAUGUAUUUGUGUUCUUGCAUCUCUGAGCUCUUGUCUGAUAAAUUUGACAGUCUUUCUUUUAGCCUUCAAAUGAAA